AUGCCCCUACAGAUGGGCAGCGACGAUGGUGAGGAGCAGGAUGAGAAGCACAGCGAGGCCUUAAUCCUUGCGGAUAUAGAAACUUUGGCUUGUCGGAUCUCGGUUGGUGCUAUAUUGAGGCCUCAGUGCGACGACCUCUUAAAAGGCUUCGAAAAGAGGAUGAUCGGGUACGAAUCCUCUUUGCGGGAACUGGCUGCCACCUCUUCCACUUUACUCGCCCGCAUCGCCGCGCUCCGAUCGCACGCGUGGGGAGUCCCCCAGAUGCCUUCAGCGGGCGUCAAGGGAGGGGAAGGCAGUGGUAAGCUCAAAGCAUAA